UCUUUCUCCGCUUGAUAUUUUUCAAUUCCGCGUCUCUCUCUCUCUCUCUCUCUCUCUCUCGGUAGAAGUCGAAAAGAUCUAGAGAACAAAAUCCUGGCGUAAAUCUCGUUAGGGCUUUUCAAUUUUUGAAAAAAGCGCAAAAAACAUUUUGAUCUCUCUCUCUUUUUUCAAUGGCGGGUUACAAAGCAGAUGAUGAAUACGAUUACCUUUUCAAGGUUGUUCUAAUCGGUGAUUCUGGUGUUGGGAAGUCCAAUCUGCUUUCACGAUUCACGAAGAACGAGUUUAGCCUCGAGUCCAAAUCAACCAUCGGUGUCGAGUUCGCGACUAGGAGCUUGAAUGUUGAUGAUAAAGUCAUCAAAGCCCAGAUUUGGGAUACUGCUGGUCAAGAAAGGUACCGAGCCAUCACCAGCGCGUAUUAUCGAGGAGCCGUUGGAGCACUUCUUGUCUACGACGUAACCCGACACUCGACAUUUGAAAACGUGGAGACGUGGCUCAAAGAACUCAGAAACCACACCGAUCCAAACAUCGUAGUCAUGCUCGUCGGCAACAAAUCCGAUCUCCGCCACCUCGUGGCUGUUCAGACAGACGAUGCCAAGUCGUUCGCUGAGAAAGAGUCUCUUUACUUCAUGGAAACCUCGGCUCUCGACUCCACCAAUGUCGAGAACGCUUUCGCGGAAGUCCUCACUCAGAUUCACUGCAUUGUGAGCAGAAAGGCCAUGGAAGCUGCGAGCGAAUCUGCUAAUGUUCCGUCGAAAGGAGACAAGAUCGAUCUUGGUAAAGAUGUUUCGGCAGUGAAGAAAGGUGGAUGCUGCUCAAACUAAUAACAGAGUGGAUCUUGGUUUGGUGGUAACUACCGGAUGACCGGUUUCUGUUAACGGUUAUGUGUUCAGAAGUGGUUCUGCUGAUUAUAUAAAUUAAUCGUUGUUCUUGGUUGAGAAGUAAUUUUGAAUUUUGAUGUUUUGUCAAAUUACCUGAACUUUAUUAUCUAAGAAAGAGAGAUAAAAGAUAGUUUUUGAUGA